GAACUAAAUUCUUCUGUUGGGAGGCUUCGAUCAUGAUCUACUGCAUGCAGGCCACAUUUAUUCCAAUCUGUUUAGACUCGCUUUGAAGUGCUAAACUAUUGACAUGUUGAAUUUCAUGUUCGUGAUUUCUAACCACAAUCUCUCUCUACAAUAACUUUGGACAGCUGAUUUUUUCCAGUUUUUGGAUUGUAUUAUUGAAGAUCCAUAAGGAAUAUGGCGCCUUUUGUUUUAGACAACUCCUUAUGGCCCCACACUGCCACUACAGUAUUUCCUGCCAGCAUUCCUUCCUCUCUAUUUGUGCCAGAAGACUGGAAAAAGUACAGGGAAUAGGUCUUUAUCAUAACUAAUAGUUUAAAACUAAAAUUUAACUCAAAUUACAAGCAUCUAUUACUAUACCAUGGACAAAAACAUUUCUAUUGUGUCUGUUAAGUAUUUCACUCAGAAUGAAGGGGUGGAGGCUGAGAUUGAAAUGUGGAAAUAUAAUGGCACAUCCAAUGGCUUACCGAGCAGUACCUUUGUUGAGAACCCCCGAGUCCGUCGGAGUCGAUGGCGGUCCAUCCGUGUCAUGUACCUCACCAUGUUCCUCAGUAGUGUGUCCUUCUCCAUCUGUAUGUCCUCAAUAUGGCCAUUUCUGAAACUGCUGGACACAGAUGCCACAACAGAUCUGCUGGGCUGGGUGGUGGCCUCCUACAGCAUUGGUCAGCUCAUCGCCUCGCCUUUCUUUGGGAAGAUGUCUAACUGUCUGGGUAGAAGUAGGGAACCCCUGGCUGUAUCCCUCAUCAUUAACAUUCUCGCUAACAUCCUAUAUGCCUAUCUGGAAGAUAUUAAGGAACACAGACUAGUUGCUCUGAUUGCUGCCAGAGCAAUGAUUGGAUUUGGUGCAGGAAAUGUGGCAGUGGUCCGGUCUUAUCUCUCAGGUGCCACCACAAUCAAAGAGAGAACAGGAGCCAUGGCGAAUCUCAGUGCUUUCCAAGCAAUCGGCUUCAUUGUAGGACCAGCAAUCCAGACAGCUAUGGUCCCUAUUGGGUACCCCGGACCAGUCCAUACAACAGGGCUCCACCUAAAUCUGUACACAGCUCCAGCAUUCCUCAGUGCCCUCGUGGGCCUCCUCAAUCUCAUCCUAUUGUUUGUGGUAUUCAGAGAACACAGAGUCAUAGAUGAAGAAUAUAACUUCAGCAUUCAAGAUACAGGCAGCAAAGAAGUUCCUGACUAUACUCCAGAUAUCUUUGCUGUUGUUGCAUCUAAUGUCAUCUUUUUUGUGGCUCUGUUCAUCUUUGCUGUCUUUGAGACAAUAGGAACACCAUUGACCAUGAAUAUGUAUGCUUGGACUCGAGCCCAUGCCACACUGUACAAUGGAAUAAUACUAGCAGUGGGGGGAGUGGUAGCUAUUUUAGUGUUCAUUGUCAUCAAAAUUCUUUCUAAAAAAAUUAACGAGCGAUUUUUGUUGAUUGGAGGAUUUGUUUGUUGUCUUUUGGGCUUUGUGGUGUAUCUUCCAUGGGGAGACCAUUACCCUCCCUCCCAAAUGGCCACAAUUUAUCCAAACAGCACACCAGCAAUAAACCAGUCAUGGUUUACUAUGGCCCCACACCAGAACCUGUCUCUCAAUACGCAAGCCAUGGUCAGUAACAGCUCUGGGGAGAAUCCUGAAGCCACUGGGUGUCCUGAUGCCUACCAGUGGUGCGCCUACACUCCCAUUGUAACAUUGGCCCAAUUUCUUUGUGGAACUGCUCUCAUUUGCAUAGGGUAUCCCGUAGGAAAUGUCAUGUCUUAUACUUUGUAUUCCAAAAUACUAGGACCAAAGCCUCAGGGUACAAUGAUGGGUUUUCUCACAGCCUCUGGAAGCCUUGCAAGAACAGUGGGUCCAAUUUUUGUCAGCUUAAUAUAUAAUUCAUUUGGUCCAAGGGUGACAUUUUUAUCCUUAUGUGGUAUGAUCAUUCUAACUUUGGGCUGGAUCACUUUUGUGUUUAAGCGUCUGGUGCCAUUCAGAUUUGAAAAAGGAGUUGAACCCCCUUAAGACAUUACAUACAGAUAACAAUUUUACACAGUGG